GACGAUGUUCGUUCUCGUGCUCGAGGGUUCUCAUGUUCUCAUCAUCAAUCAAUGGAAAAAGAUAUUCCCGCAAGUGGCUGCAACGAUACAUGUGAAGCAUCCAGAAUUAGAAGGAUACGGAAGCAAGACGUUGACACAAUCGAGAACACGUUGUCCCUUUUGGACCGAACCAUAACAAUCAGCCAAGCCUCGUUGUUGUUUGUGGUUGGAUAUAAAAAGCCAUUGAUACCUCUCGUCUACCUUGAUUGAUUGGUUGAUGCAUUGAUUGCAUGAACCCUGAGCUGGCCACAAAUCAAUAAUAGACUAUCCUACCGGUAUCAUUAGAAGAGAAUUGAGCUGCAGAACUUGGCGACUGUGCGAAUUUUAGUUUGAUCCAACAUCAUCGAAUGCGAACCGAUUGAUCCAUCACAGAUCAUACGAUAGAAACAUCAUCCAGCAAAAGCUGAGUAACAAAGAAGACGAAGAAAAGAAAGAAGAAAACAAUAAAAUGAUUUGCACCUUGGAACCCCAAAAGAAACGAAACAGCGAUGUGCGUAGCAGCAACACACACAUGUCCCUCAAUCCACUGGCAUCGUCCGGAGAGAGUUCGGGAGAACAAGCCGGCAGUCUGACCCGCCGCAUGAGUUAUGGCGACGAUGUCCAAGUUCCCUGGCAGACCAUUGCCGAUUGUGGAGUCUGCUUGGAUUACUACGAAAAGUCGCGCUUGGUGGUGGGUGUCAUUUUGCAUACUGCCCAAACAUCUCAUCGUGGAUUGGGUGCCUUGAUCAAUCCCGCCUCGAAUUGCCGAUUGGCGGCCGUGGCCAUUGUGGCGGGACCAUUGCCAGCCGACAUGACGGCAUGGAUGCGACACCAGAAUUUGGAAAAUCACAAAGAACCCGUGACGGUAUUUGGGGGACAAGAAGGAGCCCAACAAUUGGUCCAACGUGAAGAUGUCGAAGCCGUGUUUAUCAUUGUACCCGACAGUAUUCAUCGACCGUUCGUCUUGUCGGCGUUGGAACACAAGAAACACGUCCUACUCAAUGAUCCCGUAUCCAUUUCACUACCGGCGUUCAACGAACAACUCCAAUACGCCAAGAAAUUCGGAAAAUUCGUACAAUCUUCCACACCCUUUAUUCAUCAAUAUCGAGUACGACAAUUCAUGGAUUUGGUUUUACGGGAAGAAACCUUUGGAAGAGUCACCUGUAUGGAUGCCUAUCUCAGUGUCUGUCCCAGGGAUCUGCCCUUGGUGGGCAUUGCCAACAAUCAAAUGGCACUAUUGCCCAAUCAGGGAUGCAUUCGAAGACUUGGCAGGUAUUGUGUCCUCUUUGGGAUUCUCAUCUUUGGCAAGUUGGGAAGUCAUCCCAUUGCCGCACAAGUACAUGAUGCCGAGUUUGACGAACAACAACAACGACAAGCCGAAAAGACCAAUGGUGGACAACCACGAACAGCAGCAGAACCAGUGCGAGCGGAAUGUACCAUCAAGUACUCGGGUGACCGAAAAAUGACAUUCACGGUGGAUUAUUCCCACGCUUCCGCUACAAGGCAAAAGCUCGAGGUCAAGGCGGGAUCCAGUAUGGCAAACAUGUCCGACUUUGUGUUUCCUCACCCGGAUGGGUUGGCGACGUAUCGUCUUUACGAAGACAUCAAGAAAGAGCCAGGAGCAAAGCAUACCGAAGAUAUGCGGGGAGAAGCCAUUGAUAUUGCGGGAGGACCUUCUCAUGAUGUUGUCAUGUGGAGGAACUUUGCCCAACUCAGUAGGUCGAUCGAUGAAGAAGGGUGGGAAGGUGGAACCAGCCCGCUCAGUGAACGGGUGCGAGAACUGGCCGAAAUCACAGUCCAUACCAAGACGAUACUGAAUGCUCUCAUGAAGAGCCUCGAAGAAGGAUGUGUGGAGGUGCCAUUGGUCCAAUAACGGAGACGGUGUCCACGCAAAACUUUAUCUACAUGCAUGCAUAUGUUCUUUUUUUCUUUUUGAUCGGGUACAUGUAGCGAUUGCUAUAUACAAUAAAUGCAUCCACCUUCUUUUUGCAUGAACUUGAUUCGAAUCGAUUCGAUUCUUCGAUUGAUCAUUCAUUCUUGCAAAGCACCUCUGCGGGAGCAAGAAUUAUCUCCUUCCUUGACCACCGUCAUCAAGUCACUCUUCUCACAGAUUGCGUACUUGAUUGUAGAAUCGAAUCUCACGGACCAACUGUCGUAUCCUUCCACAACCGACGAAAGCUACCGAAAUAUAGCGCUUGCCACUGGUGAUGCCCGGGCCACCAUGCAACAAUCCUGAUGCAUGGCUGACCACUUGUCCUUGGUCUAUCUUGACAGAAUCAUUCAGUGAGGCAAUCCAGGUACCACCGCGCUGGGUUCAGGGCAAUAUUGAAGGAGAGGACGCUUUCCAUCUCGAUGUUCCUUCAGCAUACUUUGACCUCCCGCUGCGUCGUACUUGACCACGAAUCCAUCUGCCACUCGCAACUUGGUGGGGUCCGGUACGGUAGAUAUUGACCAAACUGAGCGCGUAGAAACGGAUACAGCCGUUCCUCUAACGCCAUUCUGAGAAAUUUGAGUGUCUCUGGUGGCUCCACCAAUGGGAGAUAUGUAGUGGGAAAGUUCCCGUGUCGGUUCGGGUCCAUUCAAUCUCCGAGGCCACCCUUUUUGCCUCUGCCACAAUCCGUUGGCAUUCUAGCUAGUGACGUAAACACCUCUCCCUUGGUUGGAUGCAACCAAAAAUCUGUCUUGAUGCGGGAUCUGAGACUCGUAAUCGUCUUGUGAAUACAUGUAGCUCCGAACCAAAUCCUCCUCAUAGGUUGUGGGAUGAAUGGAAUCUUGGACUGCGCAUAUUAUCCUGGAACAUGAAGUUCCGAAACUCGUUCCUGGAGUUCACGCUUGAUCUUGAAGUACUCGGAGUACUUGGAGCAUACUAAGUCUUUAGACACUUUGAGUACUGUACAAGGAAACCAACAAUAACAAAGGGACACACCUGGCUACCGCUAGUAGGGAGGCUUUUCAUCGGUGCUUUUCAUCGAACGAGGCUUCCUCAUCCACUCGGGGCUCGGGGCUAUUGGAUUACCUAGUCAUGUCAGUUGUCAGUCAACUCGGAGAAGAGGAGUGCUUCUGGCACUACUUCAAUAGUACCUGGUACCGGUUCAAUCAUUAUUUAUCAUUCCACCAAGACCUCCUGUCUCCUGUACUGUGCCACUGUCAGAGGCCUCGGAUUUGGCCAGUGGUCAAUUUUUAAUGCGCGAACUGCCUUUCCACUACAGGUCGAAGUUGCCAAGCUCCGUGGAACCCAACGUUGCAAAGUUGCAACCCUACAUCGGGUGUAUCAGAGUCUCCCACAAAUUGUCUCUCCCACAAAUUUGUUCGCCUCCUGUGCAAACCGAAUUCCACUCAUCUCAAUAACUGAUCGAAGAUUCGUUUACCAUGACACUUGCCAACGCUGAUAUCGAGGAGCAGAAUCCCCAGCAGGAAGUCCAUUUUGCAGGUACCAAUGACGACGAUGUCUCCUGCACAGGCCAUGACCAUGACGAAGACCCCUACA